AUGAAUUAUGCCAUCCGCUCUGGCAUAAGUAUAACUGCAACAUACGCAAUCAGUCAAUCCUCUAGGCUGUUGAAAAAUGUCAAUGGAACAGACAGAGCUGAACUACUUACCCUGCAAGAACGACUGCAGAGCAAGAUCACAGUGAUAUCGCCCGCGAUCGACAUGAUCGAGCUAAUAGCUGCGAGAGGAAAUACAUCAUUGGAGUCUGCAGUCUCUCUGACUAAAUCCAUAAGACACGACAUCCAGUCACUAGCACGACGAUUAGAAAAGGCUGCAACAGCAGAAGAAUUGGCGCACAAGGGGGCAUUGUCAUCGAAAGCUCGAGCCCAGAACGAACUCGAGAUUAAGUUGAUAAUCUCUGAUAUUCGAAGGGUGCUACAACGUAUCGAAGAUGCAGUGCCAUUGAUGAACCUAGCAAUUACUACUUCUGGUGCAAGGCUAUCCACAACUCUACCGUCGACAGUCUCGCCUUCUCGCCUGCUGCAAGCCAGCACUUUCUUGACAGCAUGUGAUACCCAAUUUUCCAUUAAUCCUUCUAGAGCAGUACAGGUUGGCCCUACCUUUACGUUGUCAAUGUAUAUGCUCUUUAGUGGACAUAUAAGACACUUUGACGAGGAGACCAUCCGAGACACUACAUGGAAAGAAGUGAUGCACAAGGCCCGAGUGAAACUGAGACGGGUUCCUAUGGAUGUCUUUCUCCAUCCGGCAGAUAGCCCUAUAAACAGAUCUUGUCUCCCUGCUGCCGCGAGGGCGGAUGAAUUUGCUUAUCAGAUUUUGAUAGUAGAGGACCUGGAUGAUAACAGAGUGCACAGCUUUGAGGAAGGCGAGGCGCAGCCCGAACCUUAUGAAGGUGUCAAACUUGCGGGUAUCCGAGAAAUCAUCCCUGUUCAUCAGAUAUCUAAAAUAUUCUACGCCGACACAGGCAAAAUGCUCAACAUCGGAAGCGAAGGCGAAACCAAUAAUCCGAUACUCCUGCUAAAGAGGGAUGUUAAUGCUUUUCCUCCUCGUCGAAUGACCGACAGAGACGAAACUGAGUACGAUGAGGGGCAUCGUGAAACAGAGGAAGAGGAGGAGGAAGAUGAUGAAUUACAAUCCCAGCUGGAUGCACAGUUGAACGGCAAAGGGAAUGAGAGAGGGGAAGCUCACAAUUAUGAAUAUCUAUCAGAACACCAAAUACCUACCGCUUGGCGUCUCCCUCCCGGGCUAGAUCCAGAAUGGGUGGCAAUUGAAGUAUAUCAAGAAGAAGAGACAGAAGACGAAGACACGGGUGCCGAUGACGAAGAGGGCAACCCAAGUACUCAUGAUGCUGCAGCACACCUUGCAAAUCUUAGUCUUGACGACAAUAAUCAUGCUUCUCCGUUGCAAUCUCAACAAAUUUCAUUCUCAUCGUCUCACGACAUGUCCACGCCUACCGCCUCGAAUCCUCUUUUCAAUAAUAUCCGCACUUCCCUCUCCUUACUCGAGAUGCUUCUUCGUCUCACUUCUCUUCAACAAUUCCAGCAACAAUCACAUCUUUCGAUUACAGACGAACUUCUCAACUUCUUCCUGGAAGAAUCCUCUAGCACCGGCGCAGGGGGCGACGAGCAACACCGGCAACGAGUCCGCGCCGACGCCCGCCGGAAAGUAGGCUGGGAUCCGUACGAUGAAUCGCCACUAAAGCGCCGAGGUGAAGAUUAUCAAACCCACCAAUACACCGAUGAAGGGCAUUGGACGCCUACAGGAACACCAGCGAGAUAUCAUUACGUGGAUCCCUCAUCACCCGGUGGAACUGUAGAUGAGCGGUACCAAACACAGUCUCGGGAACAAACUCCCUCGUCUUCACCGAGUCUUCCAAAGCAGAAGACAGGACCGAAUGUAUCGACAGCGGGAAGAAGGGCAAAUUUGGCCAAGGGAUCUCUAUUAUCUAGACGGCCAACUACAGCGCAUAUAGAUGAAGGCCUCGGAACGAGCCCUGGAACUGGAGAAAUGUAA